AUGCGACCAGGCAAGAUCUUGAAAUCGCACGUCAAUAACGAGGAACUUUCCGGAGCAACCGCUGCACAGAGAACUUCCGUUAUUCGCAAAGGUUCGGCGCGGUCGGUGUUCAUUGUCGCUCAGAAAUACAGACAAGUUCAGACAAGUUUCGGCAGCUUCAAACCAGGUCCAAUCACUGCUACGCAUUCCAUGCUCUCAGAUAUACCGAUUCUUAUGAAGGACUCUCCUGCUGGUUCAAGGUUGAAAGUAGAAUCCGAAACGAAACAGACACUAGCUCUGCCACCACAUAUUACUCUUUCAUUUUGCCUUCAAGCUAUGCGAGAGCUUUCCACUUCUUGGGACAUAGCAAAUCGCAUAGGGCGCAACCUGGAGAAUCUUUACUGCAACACCACAAAAAUGCCAAAUGUGCCUAUGAGUCUGCCAGUCAACUUGGACGGAACUACGCCCAGUUUGGGGACUUAG